AAAGUUUCAUAAAAGUAAUGAUCCGAAUAAAAACAACAGUCAUUACAUUCCCAUCAGACUUUUACUUUUAAAUAAUUCCGAUCGUUGAGUUGAGCUGUGAAAAAAAAUGAUUUCCAGUAUAUCUGAGCGUUCACGAAGAUCGAGUGCGAAUUAACAUGGUUCCACGCCCCUUGCUGGAGGCUGCAUUCACAAAUAUUUGCAAUUGUCGAUCUCUUUGUUGAACACGAGGAAUGAAUGAUGGUUCUUGCGUUAGCCUAUGGAUGAACACGGCAUGGAAAAUGAACAUUCGGAAUUUAGAAUUUCUUCCAACACAGAAUAUCUGCCAACGAAAUGCAGAGUUACCAAACCGCCACCCCCAAAGCCGGCCACGAACCCUCUACAGUUCAUAAAGGUGGCGCCGCCCCCGCUCUUCCAGAAGGCCAAGGAGCAGAUACAGAAGGUCGAGAAGAUCAAGAAGGAGAGGCGAGAGGUCCAGGACGAAACUGAAGAUUGGCAAGCUUUUUCUAUUUCGCAGAAUUUGGACAACUGGAAGAGUAGCCGGAGAAAACUACAAGAGCACAUUAUCGAGAGGGUGGUGGAAGUGAAGAAGUUUGAACAGGAAGACAAUGGCAGGUCUAGGCGCAGGAGCAAGACAUUCAAUGAAAUCUUAGAAGAAAGAGGGAAAUCCAAGUAUUCAAUACCUAUAUACUUAGAUGAAGCGAACGACUGGAGCGAUCUUGGUAUAUCCGAUUCGAGAAGUGAUAGAAGUCAGGACUCUGGAUCAAGUGAAAGGAAUACAUUGACUGUUGAUCAGUAUUCAAGCGAUGAUUCAUCCUCGAGAAAAGAUUCUUCGGCUGAAUAUAUUUCGAAUGCCUCGAAAUCAGAUGUUGCAUACAACAACAAUAAUAAUCAUCAACCAACUUCGAAUAAGCAGCUAGAUUCUAAAGACGCGCAAGAUAACAACAACGCGUCUAAAAUCGGUCAAUAUACUUAUGAGGGAGCGAUAGAGGGCUAUAGGUCUAGAAUAAAAUCGAGAAUAGACGAUACGAUUCUCAACAGAAUAUCUGAAAUGCCAAGACGUACUUCGGAGGUGAUUUCUGUUGUCCCAAAGGGGGAAAUUGUAAAAAGGAAGGAGUUGUUUGACAGGCCUCAAACGGCGGAUGACCAAAAUGUGCCCAAGACGACAGCUCGUGUCCUGCAGGAGUUCGAGAACUCUGUUAGUAUUAAACAGAGGUUGAAAAGUUUGGAGAAGUGCAGUGAUCAAACAGUUAAAUAUGUAGAUAAUAUUAAUAUAAAGCCAAAAGUUAAGCAAAUCUCCCAACUUUUCGACAAACCAUGUACAGAAACCAUAAGGAAUGAUUUCAACAACGAUAUCCCGAUGAACAACAAUCAAGAAUACACUGAACGUCGUGAGAAAAUCAACAUAAACAUCGUGCCCUGGAGGGAGAGGAUGAGCUCCUCCGAGACCUCUGACAUUUUUUUGUACUCUGAUAAAAACGACCUCAAAGAGGUUGAGAGUCAGAGCGAUGACAAGUCUUCCGAUACGUUUUACAGUGGAUUAGAGGAUAACAAUUACCCACCAUCUGUAUCCUCAACCGAUUAUAUGGCACUUUCAUCGGAUAGAGAGGAUAGUGGCAUUCACACAGCAGAUGUAUCUUGCUCGGUCAGUCAAGCCGAUGAUACUGCUGAAGAAGUUGAAUCCAACACUAAUUCGCAUGAAACUGUUAACGAUGAUUUCCAUCCCCGACAAAAAUAUUAUAAAGACAUGGAAGACAACAAUAAUAUAUACGACGAUCAUGUACUUAAACUAACUGAGGAGAAUGUCAACAAUCAAUCAAAUAUUGAUUUACUUGAUGGUACAAACUCUCAGUAUGAACCGAGUACAAUUUCGAGCAUUUCAAAAGAUAGCGUAUUCAGUUCUCCAGAUCCUCAAUCUAGAAGAAUUGAGGAAAGUACUUUGGGAGAUGUUGACUCGAUCAAUUUAAGUUCAAAUGAAACCGAUGAGCAUUCAGAGAAGGAAGUACCAAUAAUAAAUGAAACAUCACAAGUACUCCUAGAAUUACCCGAAGUUAAAAAUGAAAUCCCAAAAAUAAUCGAUAUUACCCCCGCUGAGAAUCAACGACUCGACAAUAUUGACUAUUUGAAUAUCGUAGAUACUCUCACCUCCCCAAUGGGUAAUGAGGAAUUCGUUUUUGAUCCGAAUUUCCCUCUUCUACCAACGAAGAUGGUCGAACCGCCCAAGGUGAAACCACCCCCACCGCCAGUACUUGACGAUGAGAAGCCUCAGGAUUUAAACAUUAAAAGGAUGAACUCUACGAAGAGAAUAAAGAAAGAGAUAACUCUCAAGCGAUCCAGUUUUCUAGGUUUGAACGAACCUAGCGACGCUGAAAGAGAUCCACUAGAAGGAAUUUCGAUAGCGGUAUCCGAACGAGAGCAGUCGAAAGUUGAGGAAAUUUUGGCCAAGCAGUUGUACGAAAGCAAAAUUAGUGAUUACGUUGGCGCUGAGAGUCAAAACUCUGGAUUAGACAUUGACAAUAGUGUUAUCAGUAAAUCAUCAAAUGAAGCACUGGACAAAUCUGUUGAAAUAUUGGCAACUUCCUCGUCGAAGAAGUCCCCUGUUGAAGAGGAUGAAAUAACAAAACGUGAACGUGAAAUAAUCGAGAUGGUCGAGAAAGCUGAAAAAUUUCGAGUUACUGACGUGAAACCUGAAGAGAAAGCACCGGAAAAAGUACAAAAACCACCGAUACCAUUGACCCGCACUGUCCCAUCGACCAUGUAUGUCCAAAAGCCGGCUGAUGCCUCAUACUACGAUAAGAAACCUGAUUACUUGGAUGAUCAGGAUUCAGAAGUGCUAAAAGUAGAGAAGGAACUGCAGCAAUUGGAACAGGAGGAACUGAAGAGAAAACGGGAUAACCUACUGUUCCGACAAAAUUGCUCCAGGGUAUUCGCUAAAAACAAGCGUUAUUCCCUGGAGAAUAUUUUCGACAGCCCAUCAUCGGCACUGGAAUGCAGAAAAUCUAUGCCGGAAUUGCAAUGUUUGAAAGUAGAGAAGGAACACCCGAAUAAGCCGAGCGACUUGUUCAGAUCGAUACACGAUGUCGAUCUGAAAUUUAGAAAAUCAGUGCCGAAUUUACCUGGAUACCUCUACAACCAUGCGAUUAGGAACGACUUCCAAACAAUCGAGAAAUACGAGAAAACUUCUAUGCCUAAAUUUCAGCACGAUGUACACAGGUCAGCUUUCGAAGUCCCUGCCAGAAAACCUAUUUUACCAUACCCCACAGGUGGCCUUCAACAUCACACCACCAAUAAAUUUCUACAACAGGGUGAACAAUCUGCUUGUCACCACAAACCUCAGAUGUUCACGCCAAGUAAUGGAGAACUUCCUCCAUUGAAAACCCAUAAUAGAAAUGUUGUAGGUAAUGCCUGGCCGAAACCUCGUCACAAUGUUGAGACGAGGAGUUACGAUCAGCAUUGGUUGUAUCAGGAGGCUGAAUUGAGGAGAUUACAAGAUCAGAAGAAUUAUAACAAUUGGCAUUAUAAACAAAUAGCUGAUCCUUCAGUGCCUAACCUCAUAAAUAGAGGCCCAAUACCACCAUCUCACGCCAGCUCCAAAAGCUCCAUAAGAAAGUUAACCAGUGUAAAUAACGAGAUCCAACCAUAUAUGGAGCUUCAAAAUAUUGGACCAUCGUUGCCUGUUACUCAGCCAAGAUCAAUGGCUUCCGAAGAGGGUACAAACAGGAUCCUGAGUGUUAGUGGAAAAAAGAAAUGUUCAUUUUGUGGGAAUGAAUUGGGUAGAGGAGCAGCUAUGAUUAUAGAAACUUUGUGCCUUUUCUAUCACAUGGAAUGCUUCAAAUGUUGCGUAUGCCAUGUUCAACUUGGAAACGGCUUGAAUGGAACCGAUGUUAGAGUGCGAAAUCAAAAGCUUCAUUGCCAUAACUGCUACUCCAGCGACGAUGGUGUUAAAUUCAGUUGUGUCUAACCUAAUCUAAGAUAUCUGUUGUACACUCAUCUCUUGGAACAAAUUUAUGUAUUAUUCAAUAAGUGUAUAUAAAAUAAGAUAUUUAUUAUUGUUAUAUUCAUUGGAAUUUGUAUCUAUAUACUUCUAUAUUGAAAAUAAAAGACCAAUAACAUA